GGCUUCUCCUGCUUCCACGCAACCUACCCUCUCACACAUCUCGACAUGAAGCUCUUGGUGGUGGUGCUGGCGCUAGCAGGCGCAGUGCUGUGUGAGGAGCAGCAGCAGCAGCAGCAACAGGUGGCGAGCAAGAGGCACGACAAGCGCGGCCUCUUCGGUCUGGGAGACUUCGGCGCCCUGGAGUACGGAACACUGGGCGGCUAUGGAGUGGGUUCAGCACUGGCUGGUGUUGCGGCACCAGCUGGCGCUGUCGCUGCCGCUGGUCCAGCCCUUCCAGCUCCUCUCCCAGCAGCUGUGUUCGAGCCCGGCGUCUCUGUGCACACCACCAUCACCAAGCAGGUCCCAGUUCCCGUACCAGCACCGUACCCCGUAACCGUGGAGAAGCACGUGCCCGUGGCUGUCCCAGCACCAUAUGCUGUACCAGUCCCCAAGCCGUACGCCGUCGCCGUACCCAAGCCGUACCCAGUCGCUGUGGACCGGCCAGUCCCUGUACACGUGGACAGGCCGUACCCUGUGCCGGUACCUCAGCCUGUAGCGGUGCCAGUGGCGAAGCCGGUCCCCUACUUCAUCCACAAGCCAGUGGCGGUGCCCGUGGCCCACCCCGUCCCCGUCGCAGUCCCGAAGCCCAUCGUCUUCGAGAAGACGUUCGAGCUGGGAGGCUGGCACUAGGCGGCGAGCCGCGCUGCUCCUCCGCGAGACCCUCUCAGGGUUCCUGGCGCACCCCUCUGCUGGCUGUUCUUAGCGGCGACAGACGGCUGUGAGGGAGGCAGGAGCCACCUGUCCCACACUCAGGACUUAAGUGUGUGCGAGAACCAGCGUGCACUCCGAUUGUUUUUUAUACUUUCAUAUACGUCAUAUGGGUUCAAGUCAAUGUGC